GCAGCACAGAGCGGCCUCUCACGGACAAAUGGCGUCUCUCCAGUGCGGAGCAGCUGAUUUCCUCCGGAGCAGAGCGGCGGCGGCGGCGCGGAGGUAAACACACCGACCCCCGGAUCCCUGCGCGUCAACAGGCCGCAGCUCUACGCACCGUGCGUGUGGCGGAGUGACGGCCGGACGCUGCGCACUGUUCACGGAUCGACCCCCGAACCGAUGUCCCGGUGCACGAACAGCCGUGUGGGGCCGAGCAGAUAGGAGGAGAGAGUCCCGCUGCGGCUCGCUCAUCUGCGGGUGUGCUUGUGUUUUUCCACCGAUGGUUGUCAGUGUCUCACCGGGGCCUGAUCCGAGGCGCUGCAGGCGACAGUAGCAGGUCAAAUGUUCCCACCCAGACAGUGGAGGAGCUCAUCAUGAACAUGGGCAUCACCCCUUCAGAGAAACCCUCCUGCUCCUCCUCCUCCUCCUCCUGCUGCUCCUGCUGACUGCCUGGCCUCUCUCCGUUAAUCCAAUUCAGGAGAUCAUCUUUUCAACCCUCGCUGAGGUUACACCUUCAAGACGGCGUUAUCCCAGAAAGCCAGCUCGGUGGCGGUGAAGAUGACCACGGCACGGUACCGUCCCACCUGGGAGCUGGCCGUGGACCCCCUGGUCUCAUGUAAGCUGUGCCUUGGAGAGUUCCCUCUGGAGCAGAUGACCAUCAUCACACAGUGCCAAUGUGUCUUCUGUACACUGUGCCUGAAGCAGUAUGUGGAGCUCCUGAUUAAAGAAGGCCUUGAAACUGCAAUUAGCUGUCCAGACUCUGCCUGUCCCAAAAGAGGACACUUGCAGGAAAAUGAGAUUGAGUGCAUGGUGGCCACGGAGAUGAUGCAGAGAUACAAGAAGCUUCAGUUCGAGAGGGAGGUGCUGCUGGACCCGUGCCGGACGUGGUGCCCCUCCUCGACCUGCCAGGCCGUGUGCCAACUAAAGGAAUCGGACUCUCCAGCGCUGCCUCAGCUGGUCCAGUGCGCCGUCUGUGCACUCGAGUUCUGCUCAGCCUGCAAAGCCAACUGGCACCCGGGUCAGGCCUGCCAGGAGAGCAACCUGCCAAUUACCUCUUUCCUACCAGGAGAAAACAGCUCUUUCUAUAAGAACGAAGAGGACGACGCACCAAUCAAGCGCUGUCCUAAAUGUAAAGUUUACAUCGAGAGGGACGAGGGCUGCGCACAGAUGAUGUGCAAGAACUGCAAACACGCCUUCUGCUGGUACUGUCUGGAGUCACUGGACGACGACUUCCUCCUGAUCCACUAUGACAAAGGGCCCUGUCGGAACAAACUGGGCCACUCCAGGGCGUCUGUUAUCUGGCACAGAACACAGGUCGUGGGGAUCUUCGCCGGCUUCGGCCUCCUCCUGCUGGUUGCCUCCCCCUUCCUCCUGCUCGCCACUCCCAUCGUGCUCUGCUGCAAGUGCAAGUGCAGCAAAGGCGACGACGACCCUCUGCCGACCUAAGCACGCCACAAGAGCCGGAGUGGAGAGCCAUUCCAAGGAUGGGCCAUCUUUUUUUUUUCUUUUUUUCUUUCUCCUUUUCACCACUUUACAUUCUUUUCCUCCCGCCAGCUUCGAGCGCUUCAUUUUUUGGGCUGAGCCUGCACCAGCCCCAGCCGGGGGCCGCUUUCGGGAUCCAUCGCUCUGCAUGAAGAGAGGCAUUGGUAGAAAAGCCACGCCGCACCUUGGCCUGUAGAGACGAGCAGGGGUCAAAGGUCAGAGGAGGUCCGAUCUGAUAAAGGACGACGGUGUGAGAAGGUGGUGGGUUUUGGGGGAUGUGAAGAAAGACUGAGCCGCUUCAAGGGGCCUCACUGGGGGGUUACUGUGGUGUGCUAUUUUUGUGGGCGAGUACAAAGGGGGGGGGGGAAAAAUCAAUGUAAAGAAUAAAUGCUUUUCUCUUGUAUGGACAGUUUCAUGCAGGAGCAGAAAAAGACAUUCGCUCUGUUUUCGUCGGUUUGUCGUACGCAACAAAAGCUUUUUUUAAAUCCACCGCCACCGCCGCCACCACUACACCCGAUGUAGCUCUGCAGAUUCAGUCAGUAGCAUCAGAGUCGCACCACGCAUGUUUGGUGUCCACUCGAUUUGCACAACGGAACAUGAUCCAUUCGUCAUGCUCGCGACUGAGGUGGAGACGGGAGACUGUUGUCACUCAACUCAAUGUACAGCACGUCCUCUUGAUGAUGUCAAUGUUUUAUAACCUGUCGCUUUUAAUAGACCUGUGCUCAGAGUAGUGUCUGUGUUGUACUUUUUGAGUGUUUUACAAACUGUUAGGUACACGUGUUAAAGGGGAUUUCCACUCACGUCUACAAACAUGCGCUUCUUUUCUCUGGCUAAGUGACGACACGUAGUUUUGUUGAAUAUCCGCUUUCGCACAAAUUGUUCUUUUACCGUGUCUCCUGAUUCAUUCUCCAGAUGUUGGAGGUCAUCUUUGUAAACUAGAGAUUACAUUUCCAGAUUUUCAUGAUCCCGAAUCCAGACAUUUUCCAAAACUGAGUGGGGAUCCCCUUUACGUUUCUGCAUUAAGUUUAUCAGAGGUCAGAUUUUUUAUCCACACGUUGUGGAACCAUUUUAAUAAGUCACUAAAAAGAGAUGUCACUCCUGUAAUUCUCAGUCUCCAGGUGGUAGAGUAGCCAAAUAGAAAUAAAUAGCCUUAAAUUAAGAAGAGCCAAAAUCUGGCAUUUCCCCCCUGUGCUUUAAAAAAAAAAAAAGAAGUCAAAAUCCAAAUGUUCCCAGGGAAAGCAUGUUUAAAGGCAUUUUUAAAGCAUAAGAGACAGCGAAGCCCUUUAUAUCCAGAUGAUUCUAUGAUGUCACCCAUAUGCCACACUGUUUAUAGCCAUACUGUAAAAGACAUAAAAAGAAAACCGUCACCUGAUGUUGUGUGUGUGUUUGUGUGUGUGUGACAAAGGACCUGUAUUUCUUAAGUGAUCCACAUCCAUCCAACCAUUUGAUACUCGACGCCCGAUUCGACAUCCCUUUCUCUGCGACUUAAACAAACACCGACCGGCCCAUGUUGCAAACUUGCAUACGUCAGUGGUCCGAGUGUCGACGUUUCGCCCUCCAGCAGCUUGUUCCUCGCAGGGAUCGUCUGAAAAGCCUAAAUAUAAACGAAAAAGAAUGUUCCACUUCUGGGCACGUGAUUAUGAAGCUGCUCUAUACUAUAUCACUUUAUCUAUGCAAGUUUGUACAUUACCAUUCUCGGAUGGCUAUGGAUGGGUCACAAUCAGCUGUGCGUCAGUGGUGACGUUGUGUAGUGAGAGCUGCACAAUGUCACGGUGCACGUGCAUAUCAUGACGUUUAUUUAAUCAGGGAAAUGCUUAUUUGGCCAUUUUUUAUGUUUGUUUGUUUUUCUGGGGAAUCUUCUUUUAGAGAAAAAGUUUAUUUUCAAGUUACGUCAGUAAAAUGGAAAUAUAACGAAAUAUUUCAGUUUUGAAAGAGAUUUUAUUUGUUUUGUUUUGCUACCGUGCAAAGUUAUAUGCUUUUAAUCCCUUCUUACGUAAUCCACCAGUGUCCAUGUAGCAUUUCAUGAGUGUGGCUACACUUACCAAAAAAAAAAAGACGGUCAAUAGUUAACAGCCGUAGCUAAUCAUUGACGACUCACUUCUGUUUUCAUAAGCUCAGUUCUGAUAUUCCACAUAUUAUUCCGUGUUGAUAGUAGCCUUAAAUUGUUUGCGUACCAUAACCGUAGCCUGUUGCUUUCACUGACCUCACCUAUCGAUAUCAAAGCCAAACCUAAGUUUGUACCUUUAGUUCCUUAAAUGCUUACAAAGUGAAAUUCCAGAUUUCCUUUUGUUGUUUUCAUGACAAUCGUGCCAAGCAGGUUUCCUGGACGGGAUAAAGGAAACAGAAGUGUCUACUGUAUGUGCAUUUUGAUCGUGUAUUUGUAACGUAUUAACAGUUUUUACAGAGUGCAGAAUAUUUUAAUGCUUUUAUUCUGUAAGCGCUUCACUCUAUAUAUGGGUUUCAUUGUUUUCCUUUGUGUGCGUGCGUGCGUGCGUGUGUGUGAGUGAGUGAGUGUGUGCGUGCGUGUGGUGCCUGCCGUGUUUUAAUGGAGGAGUCUCGCAGCUGAAGUCAACUCAACAGAAAAGUCAACACACAUGAGAGCGAGAGAGCAUCUGCACCUUUUUAAAAAAAUCUAUCAGGGCUCUGAUAUCACCAGGAUCAUUUCAAACACAGUCAUUUAUACACAAGGAAAACAGCAUCGAAGUCUCGAGCAGGCACAAAACUAACAAAUUGUCAAAAUGAAACCACAGCCGCCUCCAUUUUCUUUCUACGCGACAUUCUUCACUGUAUCGGCUGUAUUAUGCAACAAAACAGAAAAGGGCCAAACAGCAAACGUCAGUCACGUUGCAGAAUAACGUUUGAUGUAAAGAUUUAAAGUCACGUAACAUCGGCUCGGUUGUAGAACGGGACGGUUCCACUGAGUUACAGGUUUCUGUCGUUUGACCCGUGAAGGGGAUGCAAGUGUUUAUUUUACAAAAAAGCUUCAGAUCUACUUUGCAGUUAUUCUAAGAUCCAGUUUGUUUAUGAGCAGCAAUUGAAUAUUUUAUAACCUGUUGUGUCAAGAGAUGGCGCUGCAUGAGUUUUCUCUGACUUCUACAUGUUGAAUAUUAAUAUAUUGUAGCCGCAAAAAAGAUCUUUGGAAAUGGUAGCGUGUUCACCCUCUUGACCAGAGUUUUUUUGUUUUUGUUUUUAAAUGAGCAACUUCAUGUGUCUGUUCCUUUCUUUUUUUUGUUGUUUCUUUUUUUUUUUUAUAUAUGCCUCUGUUACAUCAUAGUGGUUGUAUUUGCAUUAUCCUUUUUUUAAAGAGCUUCUUCAGUCUGGUCAGUUCAAUUUCAAUCAGUCACUUCAGUGAGUGGAUAAUAUGCUGUGUGUAUGCAGGGCUUGUGUUUCUAGAGGUGAUAAACGAUGUCUCUCGUUCAGUCAGUGGACGUUAAUUGACCCGGGUGAUGAACAACAUUGUAAAUUUGGCAUAUCUGAAUCAGCUCUGUACAAGUUUAGACUCGACAUCUCCGUAUAUCUACAGUUCCACUAACACUGUGACACCAGGUAUUAAAGGUUGUUGUUUUUUGUGA